UAAAUGCAGUGGAGUGAAAAGUAAAAUAUUGUCUUUUUAAAAAGUAGAAGUAUAAAACUAAAACGACAGUGGUAAGGUAGUAUAAAAAGUUAAUUUGUUUCAUUUAUUAUGUUGGUUACGCAGAUGGAUAUAUUAUUUGGUUACGCAGCAGCAUUUUAUUUUCGUCAAAGAUUUCCUUAGUUUGCGUUAUAUCGUCACUUCCGCUCACGCUGACUCCCCAGCUUGCAUCAUUUCUUGUCUUUCGGGGGCAGAUAACAUACGCCAUGGUGGAGCCAGUCCCUGAGUCCAUCAACUUUCCCUCUGAGGAGGAGAAGAUUCUGCAGUUGUGGCAAAAAAAGGAUUGCUUCCAGGAAUGCCUCAAACAGUCCAAGAACAGGCCCAAGUACACCUUCUACGAUGGCCCUCCUUUUGCCACGGGUCUACCCCACUAUGGGCACAUCCUGGCCGGCACCAUCAAGGACAUUGUUACUCGCUUCGCCCACCAGAGCGGCUUCCAUGUGGACCGGCGCUUUGGCUGGGACUGUCAUGGCCUGCCUGUGGAGUAUGAGAUUGAUAAGACUUUGGGGAUCAAAGGGCCUGAAGAUGUGGCCAAGAUGGGCAUUGCCGAGUACAACAAGCAGUGCAGAAACAUUGUCAUGAGAUACUCCACCGAGUGGGAGACUUCAGUGACGAGAAUGGGAAGGUGGAUUGACUUCAAGAAUGACUACAAGACUCUCUACCCAUGGUUCAUGGAGACCGUCUGGUGGGUGUUCCAACAGCUGUACGACAAGGGUCUGGUUUACCAAGGUGUCAAAGUCAUGCCUUUCUCCACUGCCUGCAACACACCCCUGUCCAACUUUGAGUCCCACCAGAACUACAAGGAUGUUCAGGACCCAUCUGUGAUUGUCACCUUCCCAUUGGUUGGAAAUGAGGAUGUGGCUUUGAUUGCCUGGACGACCACGCCCUGGACAUUGCCAAGCAACCUGGCCCUCUGUGUUAACCCGGAGUUCUUGUAUGUCAAGGUCAAAGACAACGCCACAGAGAAGACCUACAUUUUGAUGGAGGCCAGGCUUGCAGCUCUGUUUAAGUCAGAGAGCGAGUACACUAUCCUGGACAAAUUUCCCGGAAAGACACUGAAAGGGAAAAAAUACAAGCCUCUUUUCCAGUACUUUGCCAAGUGUGGGGAGCAAGGAGCGUUCCAGGUAGUGAUGGAUAACUACGUCAAGGAGGAAGAGGGCACAGGAGUAGUCCACCAGGCACCUUACUUUGGAGCUGAUGAUCACAGGGUGUGCACCGAAUACAAGAUCAUCCAGAGGGACCAGGCUCCUAUCUGCCCUGUGGACGCCUCGGGCUGCUUCACUUCAGAGGUCACUGACUUUGCGGGACAGUACGUCAAAGAUGCCGACAAGAAUAUCAUCAAGUGGCUGAAGGAGAAGGGUCGCCUCGUCAAUGCCAGCAGUUUCAAACAUAGUUACCCCUUCUGCUGGAGGUCUGACACGCCCCUGAUCUACAAAGCCGUUCCCAGUUGGUUUGUUCGAGUGGAGCACAUGGUUGAUAAACUACUGGACAACAACAGCAAAUGCUACUGGGUUCCAGAGUUUGUGCGUGAGAAGCGUUUCGGGAACUGGCUGAGAGACGCACGAGACUGGGCGAUUUCCAGGAACCGUUACUGGGGAACACCGAUCCCUCUAUGGGUCAGCGACGACUUUGAGGAGGUGGUGUGUGUAGGGUCCAUGGCUGAACUGGAAGAACUGACUGGAGUCAAAGUAACUGAUCUGCAUCGGGAGAGCAUCGACAGUCUGACAAUCCCAUCACGGUGUGGUAAGGGCGUGUUGCGGAGGGUCACAGAAGUGUUUGACUGCUGGUUUGAGAGCGGCAGCAUGCCUUACGCCCAGGCCCACUACCCCUUUGAAAACAGGAAGGAGUUUGAGGACACUUUUCCCGCAGAAUUCAUCGCUGAAGGCAUCGACCAGACGAGGGGAUGGUUCUACACCCUGUUGGUGCUCUCCACAGCGCUGUUUGGCAAACCGCCCUUCAAGAAUGUAAUUGUAAACGGAUUGGUACUUGCUAGCGAUGGACAAAAGAUGAGCAAGCGCAAGAAGAACUACCCAGAUCCAGGACUGAUAGUGCAGCACUAUGGAGCUGAUGCCCUCAGAUUAUACCUCAUCAACUCUCCUGUAGUGAGAGCAGAGAAUCUGCGUUUCAAAGAGGAGGGUGUGCGAGACGUGUUGAAGGAUGUCUUCCUGCCGUGGUACAAUGCUUAUCGCUUCCUGGUGCAGAACGUUCAAAGGUUACAGAAGGAGGAUGACAUUGAGUUCCUGUACAAUGAAAACACCGCAAAGCAGAGUGACAACAUCAUGGACAAAUGGAUUCAGUCCUUCACACAGUCCCUCAUCCAGUUCUUCAAGGCUGAGAUGGACGCUUACCGCUUGUACACCGUCGUGCCUCGCCUGGUCAAGUUUGUGGACAUGCUCACCAACUGGUAUGUGAGGACCAACAGACGCCGUCUAAAGGGAGAGAGUGGCACUGAGGACUGCCUGUGGGCGCUGGAAACCCUCUUCAGUGUUCUGUUCUCCAUGUGCAGGCUGAUGGCUCCCUUUACACCCUUCAUUACAGAGAUGAUGUACCAGAAUCUACGUCACCUCAUCGACCCCGCCUCUGUUGAAGAGAAGGACAGCAGCAGCAUCCACUAUCUCAUGCUGCCCCAAGUUAGGGAGAGGGUAAUUGACAAGCGCAUUGAGAGUGCUGUCUCUCAGAUGCAGUCUGUGAUUGAGCUGGGCCGAGUGAUCCGAGACAGGAAGACCCUUCCCGUUAAGUACCCAUUAAAGGAGGUGGUAGUUAUUCACCAGGACCCAGAGGCUCUGAAAGACAUUCAGUCCCUGCAGAAAUACAUCCUGGAAGAGCUUAAUGUGCGAAAGUUGACGAUGUCAACAGACAAGGACAAGUACGGCAUCCGUCUGAGAGCCGAGCCAGACCACAUGGUGCUGGGCAAGAGACUAAAGGGGGCCUUCAAAGCUAUCACUGCUUCUAUCAAGGAGCUCACCAGCGAACAGCUAGAGGCCUUCCAGAAGACAGGAUCCAUCAAGGUGGAUGGUCAUGAGCUUCAUGAGGAGGACCUGAGGCUCAUGUACACUUUUGACCAAAGCUCUGACUCAGCAGCACAGUAUGAAGCACACUCUGAUGCACAGGUGCUGGUGCUGCUGGAUGUCACCCCCGACCAGUCCAUGAUGGAUGAAGGCGUUGCCCGAGAGGUCAUCAACCGCAUUCAGAAACUACGCAAGAAGGGUCAUUUGGUGCCAUCAGAUGAGAUAACUGUGUACUACCGCUGCCAGCCAGAGGGGGAGUACUUGGGCUCUGUGAUCCAGGCUCACACUGACUUUAUCCUGGCUACCACCAAGGCUCCACUGUUGCCCUUUCCUGUCCCCAAGACUGCCAGCGUCAUCAUAGAAGAAAAGACUCAGCUGAAGGGCUCAGACUUGGAGUUAACCAUAGUAAAGGGAUCUUCCGCCCCUCGGCCUCCUCUAAAUGGACCAGCUUGCACCUAUAUGAACGUCAGGGUGAAGGUCAACAACAAAGAACAAGAGGGGGUGGUGCUGUUGGAGAACCCCAAAGGGGAUAACCGACUUGACUUGGACAAGCUGAAGAGAGUGUGCAGCAGCAUCUUUGGAACAAAUAACACCCAGCUCAGAUUCUUCAACGGCGGGACUGAGUUGACUAGCAAAAUGGACCUUCAGGCUUUGAGCGGUAAAACUUUGUCAGUGACUUCAGGCUCUUCCUCCCCUGGCCCCACCCCCACUACCGACACCCUCCUGUGUCCUUAUGUAAACCUGCUGCUCUGCAACGCACAACCAGCUGAGGGCCAGACAGGAGAGGUGGGCACCCUCCUGGUGGUGAACCCAGUGGGCCAAAAUGGGCUCGACUACUCAGGCCUGCUAUCUGAGGCUGCCAAAGUUUUCGGCCUCCGUGGCAGACGGCUCAAACUCUAUCUGGACCAGGACCUCACUGAGGAGCUGCCAGCUGAUUCAUCAGUAAAAUCAUUAGACACCAAAACUCUGUUUGUGAGAGUUCUUCCAACAACUGCCGAAGCAUAAAUCCAGAGAAGACCUCUUUUGGAACAUUUGUCUUAGAUGUCUCACAGGUUCCCUGAAUUAAGUUUUUUACCAGUAAAAUCCCACCAAUAACCCCUUUGAUGCACAGUGGAUUUAUGUCAUUUGUUUAGAUGUUUUUUUGGAAAUCCUAAUGCAAUGCAGGCUUGUCUGUCAAGUUCACAACUGUUAAUCCAUGGAGUCACUAUCACCCAUGUCUUGAAAUAUCUGAAGACGACUUCAGGCACAAAAUGAGCCUGCCGAAAGAGUUCUUGACAUUUGUAUUGCAAUGCAUUCCAAGAUGUGAGGAUAGCUCUUAUUAUUCAUCAUAUUUAGCCAAGACUUACAGUACUGUUCUCCCUGACACAGUUUCUUUCCGUCGUACUGUCUUUAAUUUGUCACCAAUUAUAAGUGACAGUUUCCUAAGAAAGCACAGUGUGUUGCUAGGCUAUAUUUAUUCUGGAAGAAGAGGAGAUUUACAUAAUAUCUACACUAGAAAGUUGACGCGCUUCAAGAACAGAAUGAUUGUUCAUACACAACAGCUGAAUAGACCCGCCUGAUAGAUGUGUAAGUGUGCUCAUGGAAAUUGGGAAUUGUCUGAAGGAGGGAAAGAAAUGCCAAAAUAAAGAUUGCAGGGACCUGUCUAGCCGUCAGUAUUACCAAUGGAUGUUUUGUCUUUAUUAUGCUAAUGAUAAAAAUUACGCAAGCUACUUCUCUUUAAGGGUUACUUGAGGUGAGCUUAGUCCAGAGUAAUUAUUGCUGUGGUUCAUAAUCGGGGAACCAAUUUGGCCCAUUGUGCUUACACACACUUGAAUUUCACAGAUAAACCUGCUCUGUUCAUUGCAUUGAGGAUUUGACUAUUGUAAAGGCAUUUAAAAGGUGAAAUGGAUUUCCGGGCUGCUGUACCUUAAGGACAAAAAGGUUCUCUAAUAAAAAGAGAAACAAAUCUAUAAUGUACUAUAUUAAGUGGCAAAUGGAAUAAAUCAAAGGUGACUAAUAAUCAA